AAGCGUCCCCUCACAAUUCCGAACCAAAUAAAAGGCCAUCGAUGUUCCAUAACCACUUGUGGAGGUCCAAGUUCUGAUGGCGAUUGCUCUCCUUCAAGGCGUGCAGCUCCUGCUCGAGAGAAAGUAGAAAUAGACAACGUCGAAUUCAAAUUUCAGAACCACGUUGCUGAACGGACUAUCCGAUAGCAAAAAGAAGAGGAACGGUUACAUGUAGGUGAUCUUUUAGGGUUUCUUUCUUGGGUUGCAUGUUCCUAAAAUUACCACCAAAGAUCAAAGCAGCAAUUUCUAUUUCCAGAGCUCGGUUUUCCAGGUAUGAAUCUCGAAGAUUCUCCCUUUGGAACUGGAGAUGUGUGACGCGAUGGAGAAAGAGGAAUCUGCACAAGAUGUUUCAGUUGCAUUAAGUGAAGGCGACCAAGUUAAUGCAAAAGAUGAGCUCCAUGAAUCUCUCUCUGUGCCAGCUGAGGCAACUCCAAACUCUUGUGAAAAAGGGUUUGGUUCACCUGAGACUCAUGUACAGGAAGUAGAUAAACCUACGAUUCCUCAGCAAUCAAAUCAAAAUUCUGCGCGCUCACUUCCCUUGGAUCAUGACCAAGAGUUGGACAAGCCUGAUGCUGAACCUGCUUCUGAUGUCAAGACUGGCCCUGAUGAGAUGCCCCCAAGGGAGCUAGAUGCUGGUAUUUCUAACUCUCCCCUAGAAACUGUUCAGUCCUCCAUGGAUGCCAAAUCUGAGGCCGUUGAUAUGCCUGAAACUAAAACCGGUUCUCUUGAUGAUGCUUCAACAGCAAGUCCUGUAACUCCCCAUCCAGUGUCAUCUUGUGUUAAAGCUGAAACAGAGAAUGCCAUAGAAUUGAAGGUCAAUGAAGACAGUGUUACUACACCUCAUAAUGGGGAUUCAAACAUGAAUCACUCGUUUAUUUUUGAUGAAAAUCAUAUUGCUGAAGGUAGUGAAUCAGGAACAGAAGAAGAGCAAUCUGCUUUCAUGAAGGAGCUUGAAAACUUCUUCAGAGAAAGAAGCCUGGAAUUCAAACCUCCUAAGUUUUAUGGAGAGGGUCUGAAUUGCCUCAAGUUAUGGAGGGCUGUUACUAGAUUGGGAGGCUAUGACAAGGUGACUUCAUGCAAGUUGUGGCGGCAAGUAGGCGAGUCUUUCAAGCCCCCAAAGACAUGCACAACUGUUUCAUGGACAUUUCGAGGAUUUUAUGAGAAGGCUCUCCUUGAUUAUGAGAGGCAUAAAACCAACGGUGGCGAACUCAGUGUACCUAUUGCUUCCAACUCAGAACCUAUGAGUAUUGAAAACCAGGGAUCAGGAUCAGGUAGAGCACGAAGAGAUGCUGCAGCACGUGCCAUGCAGGGUUGGCACUCGCAACGUCUUUUGGGAAAUGGUGAAGUUAGUGACCCCAUUAUCAAGGAUAAGAACUCACUUUCAAUGCAGAAAAGGGAAAAACAACUUAAAAGCAUUGGCUUUAAACGUAAGAAACCCGCUUACAUGGAACAUGCCAUGAAAUCAACACGUACAAAAUCACCAAAACCACAGUUGGAUGUAGCAGUAGUUGAUAUUGGACAACCAGCUGACUGGGUCAAGGUCAAUGUGCAGAAAACUAAAGAUUGUUAUGAGGUCUAUGCAUUAGUUCCCGGACUACUCCGUGAGGAGGUGCGUGUCCAGUCUGAUCCAGCAGGACGCUUGGUCAUUAGUGGUGAACCUGAACAUCCUGAUAAUCCUUGGGGUGUCACACCCUUCAAAAAGGUGGUUAGCUUACCGUCAAGGAUUGAUCCACAUCAGACUUCUGCCGUUGUCACCUUACAUGGGCAGUUGUUUGUUCGUGUUCCAUUCGAACAGUCGGAAUGAAGUUGCUACAUACUCCACUCGAAUCUCAAUGUUCAGACCGAUCUUGUAGUUUGAUAUGUUAGUCUGUUUUAUAAUGUUAAUAACAGUGGCAUAAACCGUUUAGCUAGGCAGGAAAUAUGAUUUUGUUUUGUAAGAUCUUUGGUAGUGGUUAGCUGGCAUCGAAGAGCUAUUAUUGUAUCUUAUGUGGAAGCCUCUUCUAAUCUAAGGUAGUUAGUUCACAAAUCUGCCGUCUAAUUAGCCCCUUACUGCUUAUUUAUAGUAUAAAGUUCAUUUAUUCUUCGCAA